AUGACUUACCCAAUAAUCCAAUUAAUGCGUGUUGGUCUAGAUUCGUUAAUGAAUAAAAUGGUAACAUCAAGCAAGGGAUACAUAUCAAGAGAAAACAAAAUAGAAGAUCUAGUUCUCCCAUUGAUGGAGUUUAAAGCUGUUGCCAUGGCAACAAACAAUUUUUCUAACACCAACAAGCUUGGACAAGGGGAUUUUGGUAUUGUUUACAAGGGAACGUUACCUGAUGGAAAAGAAAUCGCGGUAAAGAGACUAUCGACAAUGUCUUCUCAAGGGACGGAUGAGUUCAUGAACGAGGUUAGACUAAUUGCAAAGCUUCAGCACAUAAACCUCUUCCGGCUUCUUGGUUGUUGCGUUGAUAAGGGCGUGAAGAUGUUGAUCUAUGAGUACUUGGAGAAUCUAAGCCUUGAUUCUCAUCACUUUGACAAAACCAGCCGCUCUAACUUAGAUUGGAAGAAGAGAUUUGAUAUUGCCAAUGGUAUUGCUAGAGGUUAUAUGUGGCAAGAGAAAUAA